GCUGCGCUGCAGUGACACAGUCAAGUCUCCGUCGAUAAAAAGAAAGGCGACUAGCCGCGCAGGAGAAACACAAGUAUUGAGAGGCGGACCUUUGAAGUUGGAUGCGCCUCUGCGAGUCUUAAUACGGCUGGAAGUAUCUGUCCAACUCCUGAGAAUGGAGUGGUAUGUCCUGGUGCUGAUGCUGAGCUUGCCGCACUCCAUCCACGCAGAUUGCUCUUCACAUUGUCAGAAAUGCGUGCAGCAGAUCCUCAGCCCCGACGCCGCGUUCAGCAGCCUGUCGUGUAGUGCAGAGUGUGAGGGACAGCUGCAGCGCUGCGAGCAGGCUCCGGGGCUGGCGGAAUUCAGGCAGGAUGAAGCGGAGGAGGAGGAGGAGGAGAGUAAGCAGGCAGACAUGGUUAAACGCUACGGCGGCUUCAUAAAGAGGAUCGACAAGAACAAGAAAACAUUUUUCACCUCUCCGUGGCGCGACAAUUACAUUCUGAAGGCCGGAGCGCUGCCCAAGAACUACGAGGACUUGUUGAAGAGGCUGGAGGAGAGAGCUGUAGACCGGCCGCAGGACGCAGGCGAUGCUCCGGAGGACAAGAUGCUCAAAAGUUAUGUUAAGCGUUACGGUGGCUUUUUACGCAAAUUCGGCCCCAAGUCAAAGAGGAGUAGCUCCGUGGAGCAGCAGAGCCUAGAGCCCGAGGAGCUGCAGAAGCGCUACGGGGGCUUCAUGAGGAGGAUCCGACCAAAGUUGAACAACCUGAAGUGGGACAAGCGUUACGGAGGCUUUCUGCGCCGCCACUUCAAAAUCUCUGUGCGAUCAGCCGAGGAGCCAUAUUACUCCUAUGAUGACUUGAUCUUAUAGAUGCACUCUGCGGAAAAAGAAAAACUGCAAAGAACUUGUGCAGGUUCACUUGAAAUGCCAUGCCAUACCAUGUAUCCAGAAAGAAUCAUAUGCCUGCCCGUAUUGCUAAUACACGGUCUUUCUGUGUAACAACUCAUCUCUGUGUUAUGACCAUCAUCGUCUGUCAUUCAAUAAAGGAUGCUUGUUUAAUAAACCAUGAAUAAAACCACUUUCCUUUUUACCCAACAA